AUGAAUAUUAAUAAAAGAGAUAAAAUAUGUUUUGAAGACUUGAAUUUACCUUCAGGUCUAAUUCUAGGAUUAUAUUCUAUGGGUUUUCAAAAUGGUCCAUCAGAUACACAAGCACUUAUUUUACCUUAUUCAUUAUCAGAAGAAUUUCAAAGAAAUAUUAUUGUUCAAUCUAAAACUGGAACUGGAAAAACGAUUUCUUAUAUUAUACAUACUCUGGCUUGCAUUCAAUCUGGUCUCUCACAGCCACAAGCAUUAAUCAUUGUGCCUACUAUUGAACUUGCUCUUACCGUUGGAUCUGGUAUUGAAAAAAUGUCAAAACAUCUUCCAAAUAUCCAAAUAACAUAUGUAACAUCUUCUCUAUCAAUACAACAAUCAUUUACUACACCAAUUAUUAUUGUAACAAUCGAUAUGUUUGAUUUAUUACAAUCAGUAAUUGAUUUUUCUCAACUUAAAAUAUUAAUUCUUGAUGAAAUUGAUACAAUGAUUAUUCGAGAAGAUUAUCGACAUAAUUUACUUCAUCUUUUUCAUAAUUUACCAUUAAUGGAUGAUUGUCAAAUACUCGUCUAUUCAUCAACAUUAUCCGAACAAAUAAUGAAUUUUACAAAUCAACUUAUACCAAAUUCAAUAGUAAUUAAACAAAAAUCCGAUAAACAACAAUUAGGCAAUAUUGAACAAUAUUAUGUUAUGUGUCAAGAUGAAAAUAAAAAAAAUGAUAUUGUUAAUAUCAUCUUAAAACAAUUUCUCACUACACAAAUAAUGAUUUUCUGUUCGACUGAUGAUAUAACCGAACGACUUUAUGAAAAAAUUAUGAUUCAUAACAAAAAUAAUGUUCGAAUGUUAACUACAAAAUGUGAUAAUCAUCAACGUGUUUCAUUAAUUGAAGAAUUUCGUUCGAAUUUCUAUCGAAUAUUUCUUCUAUCUGCUGAAACAUCUGCUACAACUCAUGGUAUUGAUUUAGAUAAUGUUAAUAUCGUAAUUAAUUAUGAUUUACCACGUUCACUUGGUAUUAAUUCCGAUCUUGAUUAUGUUACUUAUCAUCAACGACUCGAUCGAUGUGGACGUUAUAAUAAACAUGGUUAUUUAUUCAAUUUAAUUCAAUCCUUAGAUGAUUGGAAUAUUCAACUUGGUCAACAAAAUUAUUUUUCUUUUGUUAUUAAAUCUAUUGAUAUUGAUGGUAUACAAGCACUUGUAUUAUAA